AGACUCGCAGCUGUAAUUGCGACAAGAAGAGGACUUUGAAAUAAAUACUGUAAGUAGUCUGAUUUGCAAAACCUUUAAAACCACGCAUUUAUUUCCUCCCUCUAAGCAUCAACAGCACCGAAAAUGGAAGCGCGCGGCAGGACUGCAGGGGAUGGGGGUAAAACAGGCUCCUGCGGUGUUUUACUCUGGGGGUAAUUAAAACCUUUAACUGACAGCAGAGAAGCAAAAGGCGCAGACGCUCUGUGAUUGGUCGGAGGGGGGAGCGCUUUACAAUCCCCUCUUGUUUCCACCCUCAGCGCAAGCUGGGGCUUUAUCUCGUCCAACUUUCGCUGAAGCCGGACGGAGACGCACAGAGCGGCGGAGCAAAGUUGGAGAGGCUUCCUCCGCACUCGCCUUCCGAGUCUCCCGAAAAAGUGAACGCCGCGGGUAGGACUAGAAAACAAAACUACAGCAGCAACAACAACAACAAACAUGAGGUCCGUUUCUGCUCUCUGGAGAACGAUCGGGAUGGUCGUGACGGUGGCGAUCAUGUCGACGUGCAGAGCAUCGGAGUACGAGUACUUGAGUUGGAAGAUGGAGACCGUGGGGCCCAUCUACGGCAAGACCCCCCAGUGCGUGGGGAUCCCGGAGGACCUGCGGCUCUGCCACGGCGUGGGCUACACCGAGAUGCUGCUGCCCAACCUGCUGGAGCACGAAACGAUGGGGAGGUGGUGCCGGAAGCUGUGCGAGACGGUGCGGGACGGCUGCACCCCGAUCAUGGAGGCGUUCGGCUACCCGUGGCCGGAGAUGCUCACCUGCGACAAGUUUCCCGAUCAUGACGUGUGCAUCUCCUUCACGCCCAACGUCACCGAGACCCUCGAGACUACAGGCUCCUCUCCCAUCUGUCCUCCAUGUGACAAUGAAAUGAAAACAGACACCAUGUUGGAGCACAUGUGUGCCAGCGAGUUUGCUAUCAAGGCCAAGAUAAAGGAGGUGAAACGGGAAAACACGGACCGCAAGGUGCUCCUGCAAAAAAGAAAGAAGUUGAUAAAACAAGGGAACCUGAAGAAGAAAGACCUAAAAAAGCUGGUGUUGUACUUGAAGAACGGCGCGGACUGCCCAUGCCAACAGCUGGACAACAUAGCGAACCAGUAUCUAAUCAUGGGCCGGAAGGUGGAUAAGCAGUACCUCCUCACAGGCAUCCACAAGUGGGACAAGUCCAACACAGAGUUCAGAAAGGCCAUGAAGACACUGAAAACCCACCAAUGUCCUGAAUUCACCAACGUCUUCAAGUAGUACACCCGCUGCCCCCGAAUCUGGUCGAAUUGCAUUCUACAUUUGAACUGGCAAAAGCAACGCCAAACUUUGCUUUCUGUUGUCCUGUUUAUAUUUCUACAUAUCUCUGUAUUUUUACACGUAUUCUUCAGAAUGUCCACUGUUCGGUUUAGGAUAAACUCGGCGGUGAAUGACGACAAAAGGUGAGUUUCCUGUGUGCCCUUCAGGUCAAGGGGAAAGACUGCCGAGUCAGAGGGUGGGCUGGUUUUUCUGACCAAACGCUUGUAUUUCUAAGAGUUAGAUUAAUUCUGCUUACAAGUUUUAUACAGUAAAUAUAAAGUUAUGUCAAUUUUAUUUUGAUGUAUGUAGGUGAAAAUAGCAAACAUUAUAUAAUUGUUGCUAAGUAUAGGCCUUGCUAGCAUGUUCCUGCUUCAAUAUGCUAACGUUGGCUAACCCUGAAAAGAGGCAAGAAAAUGUAUUUUGAGUCUUGAGAACUUAUUGUUUUAACCUUUAUGUGUGUGCGCUUGUGCUUUGACGGUGACAAAAAGCAUGAAAUAUUGCUUCUGUAUGAUAAAUACAUGUCAAGCUGAGCGAUACACAGUUAGCAUUAAGGUAAUGCUUCUUGUUGGGUUUUAUGAUGCACAUUGCGAAGUCUUCUUUAGUAUUGGUUCAUGUGUUUUUCUGUGUGUUUAAAAUGCUAAAUCUGGCACAGUGUAUCUAAACUCGGUGUUUAUGUCUGUUCUGCUUUGACAUUUCUGGUCCACGUUAGCACAAUAAUUUUUUUCAUAUUUGAAUGUCAGUAUUGCUUAUUACGUAUACUGUACAUAUAAAUUUGACAUAAAAUAUGAAAAAAUAAAACAGUGUCACAAAGUA